AUGCCCGUCACCGAGAUAUACAUCCUUCGGCACGGCCACCGGCUCGCCUGGUCGCUCAACCCUUCCACGGGCAAAUACUCCUCCAGCCACCCCUUUCCAACGCGGCUCCCAGCGGAUCCUCCUCUCGCAUCGCAUGGCGUCCGUCAGGCGCAAGAAACGGGUCGCCAUCUCAGCGCACUAUUCGCCGAUCUCGUAAAGCAGGAUCGACUGCGGAUUUACUCGUCGUUAUUCUACCGCUGUCUCGAGACGUUGCGGCCGACGGUGGAAGCGCUACUUGAACAAAUACCCGAACAGGACGUCGAGAGGCGACGGAAUCUACGGGUACGAGGCGAACGUGGAUUGGGCGAAUGGUUCGGGCGCGCGUGGUUCGUGCAACCUUCUCCUGCAGACGUCGCGAGGUUACGCAGCGACUUCUUCCCGUGGUUGAACGACGAGUAUACCUCGAGAGUCAUACCGUCCGAACACGGUGAGCGCAUAGAAGAGCUGCAUGACCGGGUCGCGCGGGCGCUCGCAAGCGUGGUCAGGGACGUGGAUGAAGAGUUUACCCGCCAGGGAAGAGGCGACGAGGAAGUCACGAUUUUGAUUUCUGGGCAUGCCGCGCCCAUCAUCGCGUCUGGACGAGCGCUGACCGGGGAUGUUCCCGACGACUGGGACGAGGAGGAUUUUCGCUGCUACACGUGUGGGCUGAGUAAAUUCGUGAGACGGCAGCUGCCCCCUGCUGAAGAGGGCGAGAGGCAGGCACACUACGACGACAGAGCCCAGGGAGUGGCUGGUGGAUGGGACUGCAUCCUGAACAGUGAUUGCAGUCAUUUGAGUCAGGGGGAGGAGAGGGGGUGGCAUUUCCAUGGCGAUGAGAGUUUUGAUUCCUAUCAGGCCGUUCAAGGGCGAGGGCUGAAGGUAUCGGAUGGAAGUGUUCAUGAGUCGAAGUUGUGA